CUCCCGCGGACCCGGGCCAUUCUCCUCGGGUCGCGACUCCGUGUCUCAUUCUUCGUCCUAUUUCUUCUUACAAUCAGCCCCUCUUUCUAGAGAGAGAAAAACAAAGCAGCAAAGCGAGCGAGGGGGAAUCUAGAGCGAGAAAAGGAGAGUGAAGUCUCUGCACCUCUAGCUGAUCCUUUCCUCCCCGGGAGAACACAGAUCGAUCAUGGCGGCCACCAAUGAACGAGACAGCUGCGUCUACACAGCAAAACUCGCUGAGCAAGCUGAGCGCUAUGAAGAAAUGGUCGAUGCAAUGAAGAAAUUGGCCACGCUGAACGUAGAGCUGACUAUAGAGGAGAGGAACCUACUCUCUGUUGGAUACAAGAAUGUGAUUGGUGCUAGGAGAGCAUCGUGGAGGAUACUGUCAUCCAUUGAACAGAAAGAGGAAGGGAAAGGGAAUGAUCAGAACGUGAAGCGGAUCAAAGGGUACAGACAGAAGGUCGAGACUGAGCUGUCCGAUAUUUGCACCGAUGUGAUGACUGUGAUUGAUGAACAUCUGAUUCCUUCUUGCUCUGGUGCAGAAUCCACUGUCUUUUUCUACAAGAUGAAAGGAGAUUAUUACCGGUACCUAGCAGAAUUUAAGGCCGGUGAUGAGAGGAAAGAGGUUGCUGAUCAGUCCAUGAAGGCAUAUCAGGCGGCUUCUACUGCUGCAGAGGCUGAUCUGCCUCCUACACACCCCAUCAGGCUGGGUUUGGCCUUGAACUAUUCAGUGUUUUACUAUGAAAUUCUCAACUCUCCUGAAAGGGCUUGUCACCUCGCAAAGCAAGCUUUUGAUGAAGCAAUCCAUGAACUGGACACUCUCAGCGAGGAAUCUUACAAGGAUAGCACAUUGAUCAUGCAGCUCUUAAGGGAUAACCUGACUUUGUGGACUUCUGACAUCCCAGACGAUGGUGGUAAGCUGUCUGCUUUCUGCUGUUAAAUUUGUCGGCCUCUGCCUCAUUAGCACAGUGGAACCAUUUCCGCUCCUCAUUGUGUUGGCUCUUAAAUUCUUUGCAAUACCAUUGCAAUCAAUCGGUUGUCUAUCUAAUACACACUGAAUGUAAGCUCAUGGAUAUAGCUAGUAAACUUGCUAAGUACCUAGCUGCCUCCUUAAAAGAAUAUCCCUGUUCUUUAUUGAACAUGUUUUGUGGGUGAUUUGUUUGUGUUAAUGUUGGUCUUACUGAUGGCAGAAGAAGGUAAGCUCGAAAAGGGCGGUGGGGGUGAAGAUGCUGAGUGAGAGAAGUAAAUGGAUGGAGGAGCUGGGGUAGUGCGCGGUGUUGGCCAUCAUAUGACUUGGGAGAAUGGUUUGUGUCCCUUGUGUGGGUGUUGUUAGUAGUCUGUAGCUCGAUUAUUCUUUGUUUCUAGAGAAAUUGAAGUUCCAAAAGUUUGCACUUUUUUUUCUGUAUUUUCUUCUUAAUGCUUGGUUUGAUGUGUGGGGAGGGGACUACUACUACUCUUUAGGGUUUUAAGCAGCAGCAGCAGCAGCAGCAAUUGCUUCUUGUUAAAUGCCAUUAAUUAACCAACUAAAAGAUUCGUGUCCAGUUGCUGAAAGUAUAUUUCUUGUCGUGAUUGCUAACUUUAGCAUCUACAGUUCUUCUCAUUCUCAAACAUCCAAACGGAUUGUGUAUUAGGAAGAAUUGU